CUGGAGCUGCAUGUGCGCGGGAGGAGCGGCGGCGGAGGAGGAGGAUGGCCGUGCUCAAGCUCGCCGACCAGCCUCCACUGGUCCAAGCUAUUUUCAGCGGUGAUCCAGAGGAGAUACGGAUGUUGAUCUACAAAACCGAAGAUGUCAACGCCUUGGAUGCUGAGAAGCGAACUCCUCUUCACGUUGCGUCAUUCCUUGGGGAUGCAGACAUCAUUGAGCUUCUUAUUUUGUCAGGCGCUCGUGUUAAUGCCAAAGACAAUAUGUGGCUGACUCCUCUCCAUCGAGCAGUUGCUUCAAGGAGCGAAGAAGCGGUGCAAGUACUGAUCAAGCACUCAGCUGAUGUCAAUGCUCGGGACAAAAACUGGCAGACCCCGUUGCACGUGGCAGCCGCAAACAAGGCAGUCAAGUGUGCAGAAGUUAUCAUUCCCAUGCUGAGCAGCGUCAAUGUCUCUGACCGAGGCGGGAGGACAGCAUUGCAUCAUGCAGCUCUGAAUGGCCACAUUGAGAUGGUGAACUUGCUCUUAGCCAAGGGUGCAAACAUCAAUGCUUUUGACAAAAAGGACAGAAGAGCUCUUCACUGGGCUGCAUACAUGGGUCACCUGGAAGUUGUUGCCUUACUGAUUAAUCAUGGUGCAGAGGUGACUUGUAAAGACAAGAAGGGUUACACCCCGCUUCAUGCAGCUGCAUCCAAUGGGCAGAUUAACAUUGUGAAACACCUCCUUAACCUGGGAGUAGAGAUUGAUGAAAUGAACAUCUAUGGAAAUACUGCGCUUCAUAUUGCCUGUUACAAUGGUCAGGAUUCUGUUGUUAAUGAGCUGAUUGACUAUGGUGCUAAUGUAAAUCAGCCCAAUAAUAAUGGAUUCACUCCCUUGCAUUUUGCUGCUGCCUCCACUCAUGGAGCACUGUGUCUUGAACUGCUAGUGAAUAAUGGGGCAGAUGUUAACAUUCAGAGUAAGGAUGGGAAGAGCCCACUGCACAUGACAGCUGUCCAUGGGAGGUUCACACGGUCACAGACCCUCAUUCAGAAUGGAGGAGAAAUCGACUGUGUUGAUAAGGAUGGUAACACCCCAUUGCAUGUGGCUGCAAGAUAUGGACACGAGCUAUUGAUUAACACCCUCAUAACCAGCGGAGCUGAUACUGCCAAGUGUGGGAUCCACAACAUGUUUCCUCUGCACCUUGCAGCAUUGAAUGCACACUCAGAUUGCUGUAGGAAAUUGUUGUCCUCGGGCUUUGAAAUAGACACCCCUGAUAGUUUUGGAAGAACGUGCCUCCACGCUGCCGCUGCAGGAGGUAAUGUUGAAUGUAUAAAACUCUUGCAAAGCAGUGGAGCAGAUUUUAAUAAGAAGGACAAACGUGGGAGGACACCUUUGCACUACGCAGCUGCAAAUUGUCAUUUCCACUGUAUUGAGACACUGGUGACCACAGGAGCCAAUAUUAAUGAAACUGAUGAGUGGGGACGCACCCCUUUGCACUAUGCUGCUGCUUCUGACAUGGACCGAAAAAAGAAUAUUUUAGGUAACUCCCAUGAAAAUGCUGAAGAACUUGAAAGAACCAGUGAAAUGAAGGAAAAAGAAGCUGCAUUGUGUCUGGAGUUCCUUCUACAGAAUGAUGCCAAUCCAUCCAUCCAAGACAAAGAGGGGUACAACACUGUGCAUUAUGCUGCUGCAUACGGACACCGGCAGUGUUUGGAACUGCUUCUGGAAAAAAACAGCAAUAUGUUUGAGGAAUCAGAUUCUUCAACUACAAAAAGUCCUUUGCAUUUAGCUGCCUAUAAUGGUCAUCAUCAAGCUUUGGAGGUGCUGCUCCAAUCUCUGGUAGAUCUGGAUAUUAAGGAUGAGAAAGGACGCACUGCUUUGGACCUGGCUGCAUUUAAAGGGCAUGCAGAGUGCGUGGAAGCUCUCAUCAGCCAGGGUGCUUCUGUCACUGUAAAAGACAAUGUCACCAAAAGGACCCCCCUGCAUGCUUCAGUCAUUAAUGGUCAUACACCUUGUUUACGGCUGUUGCUAGAAGUUGCAGACAACCCUGAUGUGACGGACGCCAAAGGACAAACCCCACUAAUGCUUGCAGUGGCACAUGGACACAUUGAUGCUGUUUCCUUAUUACUUGAAAAAGAAGCAUCUGUAGAUGCAGCAGAUCUCCUGGGGUGCACAGCUUUACAUCGAGGGAUUAUGACUGGGCAUGAAGAGUGCGUUCAGAUGCUUUUAGAGAAGGAAGUGUCUAUUUUAUGUAAAGAUGCUAGAGGUAGAACACCUCUGCACUUUGCAGCAGCUCGGGGUCAUGCCACUUGGCUGAGUGAAUUACUGCAGAUUGCACUUUCAGAGGAAGACUGCAGUUUAAAGGAUAAUCAAGGUUAUACACCACUGCACUGGGCUUGUUACAAUGGUCAUGAAAACUGCAUAGAGGUACUAUUGGAGCAGAAAUUUUUCCGCAAAUUCUAUGGUAAUAGCUUCUCUCCGUUGCACUGUGCUGUAAUCAACGAUCAUGAAAACUGUGCAUCAAUGCUCAUCGGAGCCAUCGAUGCCAGCAUUGUCAAUUGCAAAGAUGACAAAGGAAGGACGCCCCUUCACGCAGCAGCCUUUGCAGAUCACGUGGAGUGCCUCCAGCUCCUCCUGAGUCACAGCGCUCAAGUGAAUGCUGUGGAUCAUGCAGGGAAAACAGCUCUCAUGAUGGCAGCUCAGAACGGUCAUGUGGGCGCUGUUGACUUUUUGGUGAAUAUUGCCAAGGCUGACCUGACAUUAAGAGAUAAGGACUUGAAUACAUCUUUGCACUUGGCUAGCAGUAAAGGUCAUGAAAAAUGUGCCUUGUUAAUACUUGACAAGAUACAAGAACAGAGCCUUAUUAAUGCAAAAAAUAAUUCACUGCAGACACCUCUCCAUAUUGCUGCACGUAAUGGCUUAAAGAUGGUGGUUGAGGAGUUACUAGCGAAAGGGGCAUGUGUCCUAGCAGUAGAUGAAAAUGUUUCUAGGUCAAAUGGACCCCGACCCUCUUCUACAACAGAUGUACAAAAGGAAGAAUGAGACUUUAUAAACAAAACAAACGCCUAUCCAAACUAACCAGCUCUACCAAGAGGACCAAAAUGCUUCAGUGAAUAAAUGGAAGACUUUAUUGCUUUUAUUUUUUCUUCAAAUGUGAGUGACAUAAUGAAGUAGCUUUUCUAAACCACGAAAAUAUAAACUUUUGAGGUAAUGACUAGUCUUGAGUGAAUUUUACAUUUUAUGACACAGGUUUCAAGAUGACAUUUGUAACUAACAAUGUGUUGACCACAGGUUUGUUCUUUUUUUGUUGUUUUUUUUUUUUUUUCAGGCUAAGGAAAAUGUUCAUAUGCUUUUAAUGUAAAUGUGUUUAUAUUUAUUUGAAAUGAAACAAAUGCCCAGGAAAAAUAACUAUAGCUUUUUCUCUAUGGUAGUAUUUGUGCAUAUUUUUCAGCAUAAUGCAAAAUUAAAUGUGAAUCGAGGCAGGAGUGAUGGCCUGAGUGGAAAGAAGGGAGUUAUGCACUUGGGAAGUGCACCCAUCUUACCACUUGGAAUACAAAGAUGAAGUCCACAGGCUAUAUUGGUAAAAUGCAUGAUCAUUUAAGAGCAUAAGAAAGGGAUCCAAAACAUUGCUAGACAAGUGAGAGAACACUGUACAGCCACAGGAAAGAGGAGAAGGGUAAUAUAGCAUAGAGUGGGAUGUUGAAGUUCCA